AUGAACAUAAUGGAGGGCACCUCAGAAUCAUUAUUAGCAGUCAAAGCAAAUGAAGAUGAUGUUCAUUCUCAAUCACAAGUAGAAUCAGUAAACUGCGAAUGCUGUGGAUUCAUGGAAGAAUGCACCUUACCUUAUAUUUCUCAGAUCCGGCGACACUACAAUGGAAGAUGGAUCUGCGGCCUGUGUGUGGAGGCUGUCAAGUAUGAGAUUUUGAAAUCGGAGAAUCUUAUAACCACCGGAGAAGCAUUGGACAGACACAUUGAUUUCUACGAGAAUUUCAGAUCAUCUUCCCGGCUUCCGUUCAGUGACGCAGUCGCAGACCAUCCUAUAUUGGCGAUGGGGAAAAUUAUGAGGAAACGAUUGGAUUCUCCUUCUCUGAGAAGACACCGAUCAGCUCCGAUCAGUCCUGACUGA